CGGGUCUGGAGGGACCGCUCUGAAGACUAGAGAGCAGCAUGGAGGUCCACGGUGAACCCCAGUUAGGCCCGAGCUGUUCGUCGUCUUCCCCGGACGGCUCGGGGGUCUCGGUGUCCAAGGAGCUGCUGACGGCGGGGAGCGGCGGACGCGGAGGUAUAUGGGACAAGUUGCUCAUCAACUCCAAGCCUAAUUCCAGGAAGAAUUCCACUCUUCAAACAGUUCGGAUAGAGAGGAGUCCCUUACUGGACCAAGUACAGACCUUUCUGCCGCAGAUGGCUCAGGCAAAUGAAAAGCUAAGAAAAGAAAUGGCAGCUGCCCCACCUGGGCAUUUCAAUAUUGAAAAUAUUGACGAGACUCUGGGAAAAGUUAUACAAAUGGAUGUGGCCUUGUUUGAGAUGAAUCAGUCUGAUUCAAAAGAAGAGGACAGUUCAGAAGAGAAUUCCCAAAACAGUUCAGAGGACAGUUCAGAAUCUGAGGAUGAAGGUGACAGCACCUCUUCUGAAGGUGAAGUCACCAUCGAUAACAUUAAGCUUCCUCAUUCAGAAGAUGGAAGAGGCAAGAUAGAGGUUCUGGAUAGUCCUGCCAGUGAAAAAAAAGAAACAGGGAAAUAAAUGAUCCAAGAAACAGGUGAUAGAUGCCUGGUAAUUCUGUGAAAAAGAAUGUGGCUCGCUGGUUGUUUUGCAUUUCGGAUACCUGUGGUGUUUUUUUUGCAAUAUUGAAUGUAUUUUGUUUCUUGGAGAAACAGAAGCUGGCUUUUAAAGAGUUGGAAGAGAUAGCAUUUGGGGAUCUUCUAAGAGCAGACUGUAUUUGAUCUCAUGCUAAAGAGAUUUAGUUUAGGAAGCUUAACUUUAUGUACGGUGAUAAGUGCAUUUGUUGGCAUCCUCUUUCCUCAGCAUAGACUUCAGAAAUCUCAGACUUUAAAAAUACAGAUCGCCUGUUUGUUUUUGUUUUAAAUUGUCCUCUUGCAUAAAACAACCUAGGUUGGGGGUUUUUUUAGGCUAUUAUAAAGUCAAAUUUAUUUGUUACCAUCAGAAUGGUUCAAUGAAGGAGAAAUUUUUUAAAGAAAUUUUUUACAAAGAAAAGAAUUACUUAUAUUUAGCUGCCCUCAGACAUAUCUACUUUAAUUAAAAAAAAAAUUCCUUUUCAGUUUGAGCUGGAAAACUGGUGCUCUGUGGUUUAAUCACUGUUGGUGACUCUGCAGCCCCUCAGUGCAUAUAGAAUUUACUGGUUGGAAAAAUUCCUGGGUUUUUUUGGUUUUGUUUUUUUCUUUUCCUCAUAAAGCAAUUUUUUGUUUGUUUCAGCUAUUAAAAUUAUUCCUUACAGUUUCCCACAGUUUUGAAACCUGUUAAUUGUAGGGGAUAGGGACACCCAGGAUAAAUAGGGCACAGGUCAUAAAAAGGUGGUAGCUGGUUUUACCUUUCAAAAGGCAAAAUGAUCCUACAUUGGAAUGUCCUUUUUGCCUCAUUCUUGACCUUAUUUAACUUGUUUGGAUUCUCAUCUGCCAUGGGACUGGCUUUGCUUAGGAUAUAGACCUGAGAAUUUAAAGAACUGUCUCCAAAUGCAUUGAGCUGAUGAAACGUUGUUCCCUCAUGUUUUAGGAUUUUCUUUUAGCUAUUUUUUUUUCUUACCCACAUUAGUCUCAGACAUCUUAUAAAUACUCUGAAGAUAAUUCUGAAGGUUCUUUCUCGUAUUUCCCGUUGGAAAUUGGAACCUGGGGUGUACACUGAAAGUAUGCAGGAGUGAACAGAUUGGAAAAUGAGACUUCUUAUCUAGAAAGUGUAUUAUGCUAUACUUUAUAGCACCAGACACAUCUGUGAUGAAUUAUUGGUAUAAAUAUUUAAAGAUUGUCUUCUACCAGAUAAUAUUUAUGCAACAUUGUGGGAAGAGUUGCAUUUGUCUGGUUUACUCCUUGGUAUGGUGCAUGGUACACAGCAGGCACUGUAUGAUGUAUAUAGAUAAAUGAAUUAACAGGUAUAUGAGGAUUCACAGGACAUUGAAGCCGUGGUAUCCAUGGGGAUAUGAAGCUGUAACUUCACUGGAAAUACAUAUCCAAGUAGAGAUAGACUGAUGGUCAGUGAAAGAGACUAGUCUGUCUAGAAUUACAUACUAGUAUGUAAAAUUUUAAUACUUCUCUCCUGCUGCGGCUGUCUCGUAUAAUACAACAAGGUAUUCUAUACAGUUAAAGAAGUCAACUAAGUUCAGUUCCUCUGGACAUUCUUAUGACAUAGGAGGAAAAAGAAAAACAAACAUUUAAUAUAUGAUAGGGAUGUCGUUUUAAGUAAGUAAAAUGGUUGAAUUAUAUAAUAUACAGUGUCAGAAGGCUAUUUUUAAACAAAGUUGGAUUCUAGGCUCAUACCAUGUACUAAGAUAAAUUAUAUAUGGAUUAAAUGUUUAAAUAUUCAAUAUAAAGAAAUAAAAUUGUAAGAGUUCCAUCCUAAAACAUGGGUGAAUAUUUAAUAACAGUUGGGCAAAAGUUUGUUUUUUAAAAAGCAGAACAUCAAAGCUAGAAAUCACAAAGGAAAAGAGCAUAAAAUUCAUAAAUAUUUAAAACUAGUGGAUGGCAAAGAAAUUUAAAAGUCAAGGGACAAAUUGGGAAAAAUAUUUGCAAUAUAAGGCAAAGAGUGAGUGUUACUAGUAUAUAAAGGGCUCUUACAAAUUUGUUUAAAAAAGUGACUAGUAUAUCAAUAGGGAACAGGCCUUAGGACAUGAACAGGUAAUAGGAAAAAAAUAUUCAGUCCCAUUUCUCAAAGAAAUGCAGAUGAAACGAAGAUUGUAUAUUUUUGUCAGAGUGGCAGGUGAAACAACAGCUAGUACUUAACUGAGUUCUUUUUGUGUGUCAGUCACGAUUCAGUUUUACAUUUGAGUUACCACCACUCACGCAUGUAUAAAAAUUUAUCGAGUUAUACAUUUAGCAUUUGUGCAUUUUAUAUAUGUUAUACCUUAAUUAAAAAGCUGUUUUGUUUGUAAGCAGUUUGCUCUAUAGUCUCUUGGAAACUAAAUCACCAUCGUGCUUUGGUUCGUCUGACCCUGUGUGUUCUCUGCCUGUUGCUUAGGUGAGGUGAUGGCCACCAUUUGGAGAACAGUUCCGUUCCCACUAAGGCUGAUGAGCUGUUCUCCUCAACCUUGUGUAUUAUCUUUUUUAUGGCUCUUUGACAUCAUAAAUCAGAAAAUUAGGUGUAAUGGUCUUUGAAGCAAAAAUAUUCUUAAUGAAUCUCCUCUAUUCUCAUAAUACUUUGUGAAUCAAAUAUGGUACUUAUAAAAAAAACUGCCUUGCAAAGUAGCUUGUAUUCCUGUGCCUGAGUCCACUAUUAUGGUAGGAAAGACAAGAAAAGCCUUUCAUUUGCAUUUCCCUCAGUGCCUGGCUUGGUGCCUUUCACUCAGAAUGUACAAUAAAUAAAUGUUCAUGAAACUUUUUU